UUUAGUUUACGCCAGCAACAACAACAACAACAACUUCAACUUGUUCAUCAUCUUCUCUUCUCUUCGCUUCUCUCGAAUUCUCCAUCUCUCCUUCAAUUCAAUUCACAAUUCAAUCCAGAUUCUCCUUGAUCGGGUUGGGUGUUAGGGGUAGUGAAUUAGCUGGAUCACUUCAUCUCAAGUUCUGGAGAAUUUUGGAAAUCAUCUUCUGGGUUUUGAGCGUGUGAUUCCUCAUCAACAUUAUUUUUAGAGGGAAAGAAGACAGACAAGGAAAUCAGUCAUGGCCCCUUCUAGGAAAUCUAGAAGUGUAAAAAAGAAGCUUUCUAAUAUUCAUGAGGCUGCAUCCAGUAGAGAUAAAGAUGCUGCGAAUGUGGUCAAGACUAGGCAGAAGGCAAGUGCUGGUGUUCAGAAGAAGAGAAAAUUGGCUGAUAUGUUAGGGCCACAGUGGAGUAAGGAGGAGCUUGAGCGUUUCUAUGAAGCUUACCGUAAAUAUGGGAAGGAUUGGAAGAAGGUUGCUCUUGCAGUACGUAAUAGAUCUAUGGAAAUGGUAGAAGCCCUGUACACGAUGAACAGGGCAUACUUAUCUCUUCCAGAGGGAACUGCUUCUGUUAUUGGACUGAUAGCAAUGAUGACAGACCAUUACAGUGUACUGGGAGGAAGUGACAGUGGUAAAGAAAGCAAUGAAGAUGCAGGAAAACCUAAAAAGUCUCAAAAGCGUUUGCGAGGAAAGCAUCUAAAUGACAAUAAAGCAUUAGAUGGACACUUUUCAGAUCAUUCUCAGUCACAUUCUGUUGCAUCAGGUGAUGAUGGUUGCCUGUCAUUGUUGAAGAAAAGGCAUUCUGGAAUUAAGCCUCAUGCUGUUCGAAAAAGGACUCCCCGCAUCCCUAUUUCAUAUUCUAUUGGUAAAGAUAAUGGGGAGAAGUUAUUUUCACUCGCUAGGCAGGGAUCCAAACAAAUGGUUGAUACUAAUGAUGUUGCUCAUAAGAUUGCAUUAGCAUUGACAGAGGCUUCACAAAGAGGCGGUGGCUCUUCAAAAAUUUCUGGAUCACCAAACAAGAAAAACAUGCCAUCAUCUGAUCUGAAAAGUGGGAAGAAGCAUGUUAAAUCAGAAAUGGCUGAAGCCAAGCUUUGCAGUUCUGACAUGGAUGAGCGUAGUUCUGAGUUGAGUUUAGGAAGCACAGAAGGUGACAAUGGAGAUUAUUCUAGAAAAACAAUUCAUCGUAGCAGUAGAGAAAAUACUAGAAGAGGAAGGACUCAGGAAAAGGGAAUAAGACGCUAUGAGAUGAAUUUAGAACCUGUGAAAAAUGUCAACAAGCAUCUGAGUGACAUAAAGGAGGCCUCCAGUGGGACCGAUGAUGGUAAAAAUUUGAAUUUCAUCAAAUCCAAGUUUGACACAGAUUUUGCAGAUGCAAAAAAUGCACGGUCGUGCUACAAGGGUUCCAGGAAAAAAAGUAAAAAAUUACUGUCUGAGAAAGAUGAAAGUUCUGCUUUUGAUGCUCUGAACGCUUUGGCUGAUCUGUCUUUGAUGAUGCCAGCAACAAACCCUGACUCUGAGUCAUCUGCACAAGUCAAGGAAGGAAACCAUGAUGUCAUUGAUGAGUCUAAAGUGGAAACACGUAAUGUAUUUCCUAGGCUCGAAAGCACUGCUUCAAGUAAAUUGGGUAAAAAUGGAGCUGCCGCUCCUGAAGCAGAGGCAGCAUACCAGCGUAAUGUAGGAAACAGGAAAAGAAAACAAAGACCCUUUACCUCAAAAAAUGAUGAAGUACAUACUGGUUCUCAUUUAAGUGGUUCCCCAAAAACAAAGGUUACUGAUGAGGUGAAAAAGUUUGUGGUUAAAGGCAAGCGAUCAUCUGUCUCUACAGCGCAUUCUAGACAAAUGAAACCACCCAAAAAUAUGUCUUCAAGUGCUAGUGACAAAGGGGAAAGGGAUGGUUCAUCUUUUUCUCCAAUAAAGGUCUCAUCUACUUACCAAGUCAGUCAAGUCAACAGAGUAAGGCCUAUAAGAAAGAUGAUAAAACCAAAACAAAUGGUACAGUCAAGUCAACAAAAUAAUUUCAUUGCUUCGCUGCAGAAUAAUUCUUAUAGUCAGACGGUCAGUUAUUUUCAUCUGUGCUCAAUGACAUUAACUGAACUUUUAAUCUCAUAUAAGGAAAUAUAUGAUUAUUUUUUGUUAUCACAGGGAAAGCUUAUUAAUUGCUUGUCUUCGUAUCAAAUGCGGCGAUGGUGCACUUUUGAGUGGUUUUAUAGUGCUAUUGAUUACCCAUGGUUUUCAAAGAGAGAGUUUGUGGAGUACUUAGACCAUGUUGGAUUGGGUCAUGUUCCCAGAUUGACUCGUAUUGAAUGGGGAGUCAUUAGAAGUUCUCUUGGUAGACCACGGAGAUUUUCAAGGCAAUUUUUGAAGGAAGAAAAACAUAAACUUAAUCAAUACCGGGAAUCUGUCAGAUCACAUUAUGCUGAAUUUUUUGCUGGUACCAAGGAAGUCCUUCCUCCUGAUCUGGCUCAGCCAUUAAUCGUAGGGCAACGUAUUGUUGCUGUUCAUCCCAAGACAAGAGAGAUUCAUGAUGGAAGUAUUUUGACUGUAGACCAUCGAAGGUGCCGAGUUCAGUUUGACCAGCCUGAACUUGGGGUUGAAUUUGUCAUGGAUAUUGACUGCAUGCCUUUGUAUCCAUCUGAAAAUAUGCCCACAUCUCUGAUAAGACAUGGCAUCUCUCCUGCUAGAAUAAAUGAGAAUCUUAAUGAGCUAGAGCGUAAUGGUAAAGUAAAACAAAGAAAGAUUCCUGAGCACAGAAAAUUUCCCCCUAGGGAGAACACAGACACCAGUAAAGGUUUCUACUCUAUGCAUGGAAGCAGUACUUUAUCAAAACAGGGGUUUUCUUCAAGCUGCAAAUCACUAGCGAAAGCUGCGUGCUGUGAGAUCGGUAAUGCCCAACUAGAAUCAAUUCCUCAACCCUCUCAUCUUGAACACGUCCAUUCAAAAGAAGCGGACAUAUUAGCUAUUUCAGAGUUGACUCGUGCUCUAGACAAGAAGGAACUUGUGUUGUCUGAACUGAAGCAUAUGAAUGAAGGGGUAUCAGAAGAUCCGCAAUAUGGAGACAAGUCAUUAAGAGAUUCAGAACCUUUUAAGAGGAAUUAUGCUUCAGUGCUAAAGCAAUUAACGGAAGCGAAUGAACAGGUUUCUUCUGCCUUGUUUUGCUUGAGGCAACGCAACACAUAUCAAGUAAGCUCUUCACUGUUGUCAUUAAAGCCCAUGGCUAAUUUUGAUGAUGGUGGUCAGGCUAGCUCUUCAAAUUGUUCUGCUUGCCACAACCAGGAAUCUAUAUCUCAAAGUCAUAUAGCUGAUAUCGUUGAAAGUUCUAGAAGAAAAGCCCAAACCAUGGUUGUUCAAGCUAUUCAGGCUAUGUCAGUUAUUAGAAAGACAGAAAGUAAGGUUGAAAGAAUUGAGGAUGCAAUAAAUUUUAUCAAUAAUCGGCUUUCUGUUGAUGACCCUACUGCUUCAGCCACAAAUUUUCCGCCCAGAGAUUCAGUUACUUUGGCUUCUCGCGAUCAAUUGACGGCCACCACAUUGAAUCCCUUGGAAAGUUAUCUUGUACAAUAUGCUGAACUUAACAGUUCAUCAGACCAAAACGAAAUGAAAAUUCCCUCAGAACUCAUAUCUCACUGUCUAGCUACACUGCUCAUGAUUCAGAAAUGUACGGAACGGCAAUUUCCCCCUGCUGAUGUUGCUCAGGUACUAGAUUCUGCUGUCACCAGUUUGCAGCCAUUUUGUUCAAAGAAUCUCCCAGUAUAUAGUGAGAUACAGAAAUGCAUGGGUAUCAUAAGAAAUCAGAUAUUGGCACUCGUACCAACCUAGCUUGGACUCCUUUCUCAUUUGUUGUUUGUAAAUCAGCAAUACUAAUAAGGUAUUAGUCUAGGGAGUUUCAUGUGGCAUACCUUUCUCCAUGAAGACCCAUAUUUUUCAUAUUAACAUAUGGAGGGGGGGGGGGACUAGUUAUACACUAUUCCAGAUGAAAAGGGAAUAUUAUACUUCUUAUUCUCUUCUCGGAUGUACAUACUUCUAAAGAUCAAUUCAUAAGAAUAUACAAGCAAUGGAGCAUGUUCUGUUCAGUACCAAUAAUCCAAUAUUGUGUAUGACAACAGCAUGUUAACAACUUCAGAUUGAUAAAUGAUAGUAAUUGAAGCGCA